AGGGGUUAGGAAUUGGAAAGAAGAAGAAGAAAGGGUUGGCUUUGGCCAGAAAACCCACGGCCACUGCGAGUGAGUGAGUGAGAGAAAAAUGGGAGAGGGAGAGAACACAGAAAUAGAAAUAGAAACAGAAACAGAAUCAGAAGCAACAUCGACGACAUGGAGCCUCGGAAAACACACUCAGAUAAUCGGACUUUCGGAGAAGCUCAUAAAUGGGAACAACCUCAGCGCCAAGAUUGAGGCCGCGAGGGAGAUAAGGAAGAUGGUUCGGAAAUCGUCGUCGUCGUCGAAGACGCGCGCGAAGCUUGCCGCUGCGGGUGUGAUCGAACCGCUCGUGCUGAUGCUCUCUUCUUCCAACCUCGAUGCUCGCCAAUCCUCUCUCCUCGCUCUCCUCAACCUCGCUGUUCGCAACGAACGAAACAAGGUCAAAAUAGUGACAGAUGGUGCCAUGCCUCCACUGGUGGAGCUCCUCAAGAUGCAAAAUAGCGGUAUACGAGAAUUAGCUACAGCUGCAAUCUUGACACUCUCAGCUGCCACAUCCAACAAGCCCAUUAUUGCUGCUUCUGGAGCCGGACCUCUCCUUGUUCAAAUUCUCAAAUCUGGAAGUGUUCAAGGAAAAGUUGAUGCUGUUACAGCCCUCCAUAAUCUUUCUACUGGCAUUGAGAAUUCCAUUGAACUUCUUGAUGCAAGUGCUGUUUUCCCUCUGCUCAACCUCCUUAAAGAGUGCAAGAAGUAUUCCAAGUUUGCAGAAAAAGCCACAGCACUGCUUGAAAUCCUUUCCAACUCCGAAGAAGGACGAACUGCAAUCUCAAUUGCAGAUGGUGGAAUCUUAACGCUAGUAGAGACAGUUGAAGAUGGAUCACUUGUCAGCACAGAACACGCUGUUGGAACUCUGCUAUCAUUAUGUCGAAGCUGUCGAGAUAAAUACCGGGAACUGAUUCUUAAAGAAGGAGCAAUUCCGGGUCUGUUACGUCUGACAGUGGAGGGCACAGCUGAAGCUCAAGAUAGAGCACGUGUGCUUCUGGAUUUGCUCAGAGAUUCUCCCCCAGAAAAAAGACUAACCUCAACAGUUUUGGAGAAAAUUGUUUAUGACAUUGCUGAACGGGUAGAUGGAGCAGAUAAAGCUGCUGAAACUGCCAAACGGUUAUUGCAAGAUAUGGUUCAAAGGAGUAUGGAACACAGCAUGAAAUGCAUCCAGCAUAGGGCUGCAUCUUGUACUCCUAUUCCAUCCACUUGAUGUGUACCUUUUUUCCCUCAUCAAGCAACUGCAAAAUUAAGCAACUGCAAAAUUGAGUUUUAACUUGUAUAUAUGUGUUCUUAUUUUUUUUUUUUUCUCUGGGGGGCAAGUUAGUGUGUUAAUUAGAUCACCAUGCAAAGUGAGUCUACGCUGCUCUACAUGACUAGUGUAAUGAUUUUUACCAGACUAACUUGGGAUUGAUCUGUUUACGUCAUCACUCUUGAUUAAUUACAUUUACACCUCAUUACUUUGGCCAGGAUGCUGUGCUUUGCACAUACAUAAAUGAGUUUGUCUUUGCAUGUA